UCAUUCAGCCUGACUGAAGCUUCAACCGGUCAGUUUCAGUGUCGUCAGUUUCAGUGUCGGUGUCAGUGAUUUCGGUGUUGAAACGGAAGCGCUGUUCAUUUGCUAUUUUUACAAUAAAAUCUCAAUUACAUUUACACACGCAACUCUUUUAACCUACAUAAGUAACUUGGAACGUUUUGGAACUUCAAUUUUGCCGCCAUUCAUAAAAAGGUCUUGACGGUUUCUAUAUUUGAAUUGAUUUUAAAAACAAAAACAAUGGGUGCAAUUUAGUGUGAAUGGUAUUCAACUAUUUUCAAUAGUAUUGGGUCAUUGAAUCGCAACUUACCAAAGCUUAAAUCUUAAAAAAUGGGUCUGAUAAAAGAACUUGUUAUUGGAUGUCUGCUUGGAGUCUUAGCUCUAACGAUCUCAACUGCAGCUGAAGAUAAUCCUGGACCAAUUAUAAUCCCUGAGAAACUACCCGAUAUUCCCUAUGAUCAAAAAACAUCAGAACUUGUUGCACAAAGUGUGAUGAACUUUGCCCAUAAUUUGGCAGUUGCACUUGACACCAAUGAAUAUCCAAACACUCAAAUAUUCUCCCCUUUAAGUGUUAUGUCAGCUUUGUCCAUUCUCCAGAUGGGUGCCAAUGGCAACAGCUACAACCAACUAAGUCAACUUUUUGCUCUUUUGAAAGGAGAUGGAGAAAACGCUUCGAAAUCGUCAAAGAUUCAUGAAGAAUUUGGUUCGUUGUUGGUAGAUGUCAUGCAGUCUGAAGGCAGAUUCCCAAAGAGAUCUCGGUCCACCGCCGAAUGGAGAUUGAAACCCUUUACGGGUCACAGUUUGGGUUUUGGAGGGAAAAAUGACCUCGGUGACCACACAGUUCGAGUUUCGAAUGCACUUUUCAUCCAAAACGGAUUUAGUCUCAAGCCAGAUUAUGCUUACGCUGCACAAUCGGUGUACAAGAGUGAAGUCACACCUCUGGAUUUCGUUCAUUAUCCCGAACAAUCUAAGGACUAUAUAAACAGCUGGGUGAAGCAGAAUACACUCGGGAAGAUUCCCACCUUGAUUGAUGACGAACUUAGUAGUGAAACAAAAAUGGUUUUGGCCAGCACUCUCUACUUCCAAGGCUUCUGGGAGAAGGUGUUUUUCGAUGCUGAUGAUUAUAUUAAACAAGCCUUUUAUCCUGAUGGACCAGAGAGCUAUCCAGUUGGAAUAACGUUUAUGAAUAAUGGUGGCACUUUUCCCUAUUAUCUAUCGGAAGAGCACAAUUGUCGUAUCCUCGGCUUGCCCUACAAGGGAAAUCAAACUACCAUGUACGUAAUCCAGCCACUAGAAUCCACGCGAUUGAAACUUCAGCAAUUACAGAAAAAACUCACGGGUGAGCUCAUAAAUGAGCUCAUCUCAAAAAUGGAGUACAGAACUGUUACAUUUGCCUUUCCCAAAUUCCACGUAGAAAAUAAGAUGCACUUGAAGGCUGCCCUCAAACGCAUGGGCAUCGAAGACAUCUUCGUAGAUCGCCGUUCUGACCUCGCUUUGAUUGCUGAUCCCGAAGAAAAUUCAUUACCAACAAAGCCGAAAAUUGCUCCUUUGUCUGAAUUCGCAGCUAGUAUUGUUCCAAUUCCUGAAGACAUUAUCUCAUCUUCUUUAUCAUCAGCUUCUUCUAAAACAGCACCGUCAUCAUCAUCAUCAUUGUUUUCUGAUGCUUUUGAUCGCUUUGGUGAUGCUCCAUUGAUUUUUUCACGUUUUAGUGAAGACUCAAACAAUCAAACUACUGGAAAUACCGAUAGACCAGAUGAAAUGGUUGAGACAACUACAUUGGUUGAUGAACUUUCUCAAGAAGAAACUACAUUAAUUCCAGAAGAAAUCAUAACUACAUUGAGUCCGGAAGUGACAUCAUCACAACAAAGAAAGCGUCGUGAAGCUGUUCCACUAACACCUUCACUUAAAAGUCUUCAAAAAUUGGACGAGAUGCGUUCUAAUCCAGAAGGCUUGAAAAAUCCCAAUUUGUAUGUUGAUGAAAUCGUUCAUAAAAUUGAUUUCAAUAUCAAUGAAAAGGGUACAGAGGCAGCUGCAGCAACUGCUGGAUUUUUACUUAAAACCGGGCCAGAUGUGUCGAUGAGGUGUGAUACACCUUUUUUGAUACUUGUUCGACACGAUCCCACCAAAUUGCCAUUAUUCUAUGGAAUAAUUAAUAUACCCGUUUGAGUUGUUAACUUCGUGAAGAUACUCCAUAGUUUAUAAAAACCUACAAGAUUCUAAGUUCAACUUAUUACAGAAAAAAAAAUCUUUCAAGACAUACUUCUAAAAAAAACUAAGCUAUAUUAUAAAUUGUAUUUCUAUAAUCGUCUAAUAAAAUCAAAAUAUUAAAAUAAGAACUUUAAAUAUUUAAAAAAUGUGUUGUUCAAA